CAAAGACGAACUCGAGAUGAUGUUAAAACACGCAGACAUCGCAACUAAACCAGCGAUUCCUAUACUAUUCUUCGCCAACAAAAUGGACUUAAAAGAGUCGCUUUCGAGCGUCAAAAUCAGUCAAACACUGGGUUUGGAUCAGUUCAAGAACAAAGCGUGGCACAUUCAGGCCUCGAAUGCAGUGACCGGCGAUGGACUGAUGGACGGCAUCGAGUGG